AGGUUAACAUUAGCCCAUAUUAUGAACUGGUCCAUCAGCAAAAACCCGACCCAAAAUCAAAAUUAUUUCUAGGGUUUUGAGAUUCAAAAAUCUCUUGCAUUUUCUUCACUGCGCCUCUUCUCUUCAUCUAGUUCCUAACCGUUUUCGCAUCUUCUUCAAUUCCUUUCUCAAAUAAAACUUCAAGAUGCAGAACGAAGAAGGACAAAUCACCGAGCUCUACAUUCCUAGGAAGUGUUCUGCUACAAACAGAUUGAUUACUGCUAAGGAUCAUGCUUCUGUUCAGAUCAACAUAGGUCAUUUGGAUGAGAGCGGUAUUUACAAUGGCACCUUCUCUACUUUUGCUCUCUGUGGCUUCACUCGCGCUCAGGGAGAUGCCGACAGUGGAAUUGAUCGCUUGUGGCAGAAAAAGAAAACUGAACUUAAGCAAUAGAUGACAUGAUCCUUGUUAUGUGUUCUUUUUUUUUUUGACAGAUUAUGGAUUGAGUUCAACUCUUGUUAGAGAUAAUGGAUGAUUUUUAUCUAUGUAUUGCAAUACUUGUUUUUAAUUUCAUUUGGUACCAUCAAGGCAUUCAACUAAACUAAAGUUGCUUUUUAACUAAGGGCUUCAUAAAAAUGGUUGAUUUAGUUGUUUUUUUCUCGUUA